AGUAAAAUGGUUUGUCUCCAAAGGGCAACGCCUUCCGAUUGGUCAUUCAACCCAACGUCAUCAGUUGUGUGCUUCACUAUUCUUCAGUGUGAGUUAACCCACCUUACCAGCUCCCACUAAAGCCACAACUAUGGUGGGAGAACCUCAUAAUUCCUACGGAGAAUAUAGUCAAACGCAAGGUAUAAUAAUUAUGCCAGCCCUUUGGAAUAGUCUCUUUGUUUUAGGAGUAAUUCUCAACCCCAAAUUACGCAAAACGUAUUCCACACCAAUUUGAUUUAGCCUAAUGAACUAAUAUCAUUUGAACACACCAUAUCAUCACCCUGGAAAUAUACUUACACCAUUUCUAUACAGUCGUAAUCAUUAGGUUAUUCGAAGAAUAAUUGCAUGCGACGAAUCAACAAGAUGACAAAAACACUGUAUUGCAGAUAGGAAGGAUGGAUGUCGUGGUAAACUGACAGUAUCAUGUAUCCCGUUUGAAAUAAGAUGCGUGAUAGCCUACAGUCGGAAAUAUAUGCAAAUUAUACAGUGCGGUUUGGCAAAUUCUUUUGCAAUAUAAACUAUCAGUGCAAAUGCAAUAAUACAUCUCCCAAUUCUACUUUCAUAAAACCUGUCGUUAAAAAAACAUUGUCAACGCGUUUUUUUUCUUCAUAGUGUGGGAUUCAUUUAUUUCAAAACGGUGAUGAAAAAGCAAUUAUGGUCGCAAUCAGUUAUAACUAAAACCUCUUUGAUUAACCACCACACUUUAUUUAAAUUGGAGCUAUAAAAUUAAGAACAUUUCGCCUGUAAUGAUUAUGGACUGGGUUUGUUUUGGGAAGGUAGAAUAAAACUGAAUAUAGCAUAAAUUAUCCCCUAAUUAUACGUCAGUAUCGCCUCAAUUAUCCUCUUAUCAAAAAUGGUUGUCUAAAUGCAGCGUUUAGUUUCAAUGUUCUCCCUUUCUAUAACAAGAACUUGGUACCUUGCUAUUAUUGCCAGGCUUGUUAUUUACUUUGGGGGAUUUAAAAAGUGCACAACCCAGCCGGAUAAUCAUUUUCCAGCAGUGGACCAAGAGAGAAGCACAGAGACGAUGUACAGUUGCAUUGGAUUAACCUGCAAACCAGACUCUAUCUUGAUGUAUGAAGGCUAGAUGUUUUUCCUGUCACUGUUAUUAUCUAUUUCUACCCACCACUGUCUGUCACCCUCCACUCCCAACCCUUUAUUCUCUUCACCGUCUGUCACCCUCCACUCCCAACCCUUUAUUCUCUUCACUGUCUGUCACCCUCCACUCCCAACCUUUUAUUCUCUUCACUGUCUGUCACCCUCCACUCCCAACCCUUUAUUCUCUUCACUGUCUGUCACCCUCCACUCCCAACCUUUUAUUCUCUUCACUGUCUGUCACUCUCCACUCCCAACCCCUUAUUCUCUUCACUGUCUGUCACCCUCCACUCCCAACCCUUUAUGCUCUUCACUGUCUGUCACCCUCCACUCCCAACCCUUUAUUCUCUUCACUGUCUGUCACCCUCCACUCCCAAACCUUUAUUCUCUUCACUGUCUGUCACCCUCCACUCCCAACCCUUUAUUCUCUUCACUGUCUGUCACCCUCCACUCCCAACCCUUUAUUCUCUUCACUGUCUGUCACCCUCCACUCCCAACCCCUUAUUCUCUUCACUGUCUGUCACCCUCCACUCCCAACCCUUUAUUCUCUUCACUGUCUGUCACCCUCCACUCCCAACCCUUUAUUCUCUUCACUGUCUGUCACACUCCACUCCCAACCUUUUAUUCUCUUCACUGUCUGUCACCCUCCACUCCCAACCCUUUAUUCUCUUCACUGUCUGUCACCCUCCACUCCCAACCCUUUAUUCUCUUCACUGUCUGUCACCCUCCACUCCCAACCCUAUAUUCUCUUCACUGUCUGUCACCCUCCACUCCCAACCCUUUAUUCUCUUCACUGUCUGUCACCCUCCACUCCCAACCCUUUAUUCUCUUCACUGUCUGUCACCCUCCACUCCCAACCCUUUUAUUCUCUUCAUCACCAUAUCCCCUUCUUCUCUCCUCCGAAUCUCCAUCUUCUUUCUCUUCAAACCACCCCCUCCUCCCCCUUGCCCUCUCCUCACCCAACCCUCUGGCCCCUCUAUCCUCACCCUAUACCCGUGCUCCCUCCACCCACCCACUCUCCCUUGUUGGUGUCCACAGCUGCGGAGAGUGAAGGAAGAGAUGACCGACCGGAGAAUUGGCCCCUGGGAGAGCAGCGGGACAUCCUGGUGCUAUUAGGCUCGUGGCUAAUAAUAGGUGUUUCAGUCCAGGGAGGAGAUCAAUCAGGGGGAAUCAUGGGGAAUGUUCGGCACAGCGCUUUUCCACAUCAGCCCAGAUGGAUGAAAUUACACUUGUCUGUUUUUAGUUGCAUUACUCCCAAAUUGGUUGUCUACUUUUUUUCUCCCUCACUCUUUCAGUAUUUGCCUCUCCGUCCUUUCUCUCUCCCCUCAUUCAUGUGUCACUGGCCUACUAAAAGGAUUUGGGCGCUUAGCCGCACUCUGCUCGAUUCUCUGUCACUUGCAUAUGGACUCAGAUAGGAUGACGUGAGGUCUUGUCUUGGGUUGUUCUGGUUCCAAAGAUUAGGCUGGGUUAUGUGAAUUUUGUUCUUUGUAAAAAUGUCAAUUUUAAAUUGUAAAAAAUCUUUAUUUCAGUACACAUUUGAAUGCAACAUUGCAUCUAUUCUACCACCUAUAGGAGGACUAAAACAAGGUGCUUUCUAGGAAUAAUAUCACAGCUCAUGAAAUACAUUGAAUGUAAAGUCAGUAUUUCAAUCUGAUUGUAUCAAAUCUAAAUA